CAGAGUGCAUGGGACUUUCAUUCCAUAUUUAUUUCCACAUUUCUUCACUUAUACUGAUAUUUAAAUCUGUCUCCUAGACGGUUUUAAUACCCUGAUGUCAACUUCAGGUGGUUCAAGUCAAUUUCUGAGACAAUUGCCAGGGCAAUAUCCUAAUUGUUUCUCAGACUUAGGGGUUAUCAUCAGCUUAGCUGGUACACAGGGAUGACCUCACAGAGGUCUAGAGGUCCAUCAAAGAGGGCAAUGCACCCAUGACCUCAUAGUGCCCCUAGGGUGAAUAAGCUGCCCCUACCAAAUAGUUACACAAUGUCAUGGAGGGGGUGGGUCUCUUACCUGCAUUGAAAAUUGAAGUGAGUGAGUAAUUGUGGAGGAUUCAGGGAGAAUCAACACAGAAAUUGACCACCAUGAUCCACAGCAGGCUGCAGAGCUGUGUGCUGAUCGCUGGCUACCUUCUUUACCUCCUGAUGGGUGCCCUCAUCUUUCAAGUUUUGGAGAAAGAUGCUAAGAGAGAACAACAAAGGACUAUCUUAAGAAUGAAGGAAGACUUCUUGAAGAACGUCACCUCUCUCAGCCCAGCGGAGGUAGAGGUCUUCGUGGAGAAUUUGAUGGAAGCUGUAAGGAUGGGAAUAUAUCCAGUCGGAAAUGGGUUUCCCAAUGAACGAAGCAACUGGGAUUUCAGCAACUCCUUCUUUUUUGUGGGUUCCAUGUUAUCCACAAUAGGCUAUGGAAACCUUUCUCCCAAAACAGCAGGCGGUCAGCUCUUUUGCGUGGUUUUUGCUCUCUUUGGAAUCCCUUUGAAUAUUGUCUUCUUGCACCAUAUUGGCAAGAUUAUCUCCAUGCUUUGUGAAAGGUUGGCAAAAUGGCUCUACAAGAAGGGAAUAAAGAAGAAAACAACCAGAUGUUUGACUCUUCUGUUCUUCCUGGUUAUGGGCAUUUUAGUGUUUCUUUGUGUGCCUUCAGCUAUCUUUCGAAAGAUGGAGGGCUGGACUUAUGGUGAAGCCAUUUAUUUUGCAUUUAUUACCCUCAGCACCAUUGGCUUUGGGGAUUACAUAAUAGGGAGACAACAAGGCAAAGACUAUUUUCCUGGCUACCGAAUUUUGGUAGCCAUUUGGAUUAUCUUUGGACUUGCCUGGAUCGCUCUACUGUUUAAUCUACUGACAACACUGUUGGAAGACCCAGAAGAAAUACCCAUGGAGGAGUAUCUUCAAGUGAAGACAGUUCCAAGAAAAAAGAGGAACCCAGAAAGGGAUGCAUCUUUGGGGUUUCCACUAGAGGAUGAUUUAUCAUGACAUACUAAUAGAGACAGAUAGAAAAAUCAGAUAUAACACAAUGGUGAUGUUGUGUUCUUCAUCUACAGCUGGUUUUCUGAAAACUGAGCAACUGAACUUUGCAAAUAAAAGAUGAAAUAAUCAAGAAUUCUGCAAGGAUAUUUCACACUGUUUCUUUGCAGAGGAUAUAUCCAAAGUGAGACACUGAAAAUGUUUAAUGCCUAGUAUUAUUUUCUUUGCUGUGUUAACAUUUCACCAGGAACUUUGCCUGCCCCUUUUCUUUGGAUGCCUAAACUCAGUGGUGUCACUCAGGUUGGCAUUGCCAGGUGUCACCCCCUCCCCAUUGACCUCCUCCCAUACCCCACCAUACAGAAUCCUUAGGAGUAUUUUUUGUACUAAUGUAAUCAUAAAUCAUAAUUCCUGUAUAUCACUGAAU